GAGGCUCUCACCUCUGGCCGUGGACGAGAUACCUCGGGAUUACGGCUUCUAGUUUUGGCGCCGAGUCCGUCGGAAGCUGCUCGAGCAUUGUCCCAAUGUUUUGGAAGGACAAAAAGCCGUGAUUCCUACUCCAACACCCGAUGCAUGGUUUUUGCAUCCUGUUUCUGACCAAUGACCAGAUCUUCUAGACGACGCCCAUGUUGUGAGGUUUGUUCUAAUUUGACUAUGAUUGAGUCAUUCUUGAGCUCGUUCUUUGGUCCGCCAACCAUGGCCGCAUUUACAAAGAUGGUAACCUCUUCCUCUUCAGCUUUCAGUAUUCGAAACAAUCGCGUCAACUUCUCCCACAGGUCAGGGGAGCGUUCAAUGAAUGGGGGCUGAAAUGCUAGGAUGAACAUGUCUUCGCGACAAGCCAAGUUCAGCCAACAGACCGAGAACAAAUCAUUCAUCAUUGCAGUUCGUCCGAUACACAAAUGUCUCAUUCUUCUCGAAAUACGCAGAAGCGCCCUUUCCCUGGCCGUGAGAACUACGAGUCCGGCAUUGACGCCUUGAAAUCCAUCGAAAGAACGAGAGCAUCACCUCCAUCCGGUCUGGAAGCCCUCACUGUCUUCCGUGCCAAGUCAGAUCCUUCAAAAAUCUGUCGUUUGUUGGGCGAGCCUCAACUUCAUGAGUAUAUUGUGGGACUCAUGUAUACGAUGCCGACUAAGCCUAGACUAGCUUGCUUGGAAAUGUUGGGCUCCUCCAGCAUGCUCUGUGUUGAGCAUGUCAAGUGCAUCAUGGAUUUCGUAACCCAGAACCUUCUGUUACAGCUCGAGUGGAUAUUCAUGGUGCCAGGCAUGCGAGGACGCUCUUCACUGUGUACCUUCUCUGUCAAGUUAACUGUCUGUCGAUAUGUGCUCUGCCUUCUCGAGUAUCUCUUCGCCAUGGAGCAGAAACGCGAGAUUCCUUAUGCUGAGGAGUGCAGGGUAGGGGAGCCCUUAACUACUCCACUUCAAACUCACGUCAUCCACUCCACGAGCAUUUUGAGUGGAGUGGUUUGCGACCCUGAACAAGGUGAUGAGCGACUAUUUGGCCGUGAAGAGAGGGGGGAAUUUCGGGUGGUCAUCCGCCAGGCUGCUGCUGGAGGAUAUGGCGUCCCUGGCACCGGUGGUAGCCUCACGGGCCUGAAGAAGGACUCGAUGAAGUUGGAGACAAACAGCUGGUCAAAGGUGCUUGCACGAGACGGCGGUUACCUUGGCGAUUGGUAUAACAGCCGGGCUCGUAUUCUCUCUCGUACCUUGUCUUGA